AUGGCACCUCACCCUACAACAGAUUGGAUUCAAUUACAAGAUCGUUUCUAUAGGAAACAAGAAAUUUAUUCCAUGUCAUGGAAGCACAUGGAUCUAUCAAAAUAUUUAAUCGCGGGUGCAUCAUAUGGUGGACCUAUAGCGAUGAUUCGGGAUGAUAAAAAAGUAUUAUUGUUACAGAAACAACAACCUGUUAAACCUACUAUAUAUCUUUAUACCUCAGCGGGAAAAUUAAUUGAACAAUUACAAUGGGAUAAAGGUCGAAUUAUUACAAUGGGUUGGACAGAUAGCGAACAAUUAAUUGUUGUAUUGGAAGACGGUGUUAUUAGACUUUAUGAUAUUCAUGGUGAAUACACUCAAUUUUCACUUGGAAAAGAAGCCAAGGAUCAUUCUGUAAUUGAUUGUCAAAUUUGGGGAACUGGUUUAGUUGCUUUAACUGGUAACUUCAAAUUAGUGGCACUUACUAAUUUUGAAGAAAUAAGACCUCGACUUAUGGCUGAUCCUGGUUUAAAUGAACCGCCUCACAGUUGGGCUGUUAUUCCUCCUCAAUAUACACUUAGUCGACAUGUGGAAGUUCUUUUAGCUACUGGUUCUACAAUUUUAACUGUAGAUGCUAAAGAAGCUCAAGAUCAGUUACUUCAACAAGGUCCCUUUACUAAAAUGGCAGUAUCUCCUAAUGGUAUAUUCUUGGCUUUAUUUACCAGCGAUGGUAAACUUUGGGUUGUUUCUACCGAUUUUCAAAAAAAUUUAUCAGAAUUUGCUACCAAAUCUCAAAUUGUUCUAAUGGUUGGUCCAUUUGGAGAUUGGAUUAAAUAUUCUUAUGAUGACUCUAUUUAUUUAAUUCCUGAAGUGGAUGGCGUUCGCGUAAUAAGUAGUGACAAGUAUGCCACAGAAGAGAUAUUCAAAAUCGGUAAUACUGUUCCGCCUGCUAUAUUAUUUGAUGCGUUAGAUCAUUUCGAAAAAGGAAGUCCCAAAGCAGAUGAAAAUAUUCGAAUUAUUCGUCCAGUUUUAGCUGAUGCAGUUGAUACUUGCAUUGAAGCUGCUGGGCAUGAAUUUAAUCAAUAUUGGCAACGCGCCUUACUUAAAUCUGCUGCAUUUGGUAAAGCGUUUCUCGAAUCUUAUAACGCCGAUCGAUUUGUGAGCAUGUGUCAAACAUUGAGAGUUUUAAAUUCUGUAAGAUAUUAUGAAAUUGGUAUACCAAUAACUUAUACACAAUAUUCAAAGUUAACCCCAGAUGUAUUGAUUGAUCGAUUAAUAAAUCGUCAUCAUCAUUUAUUGGCCCUUCGAGUUUGUGAAUAUUUAAAGAUGAGAACAGAUCGAGUUCUUAUUCAUUGGGCUUGCGAAAAGAUUAAAAAGUCAACGGAUGAUGAAGAGACAAUUUGCAGGCUGAUAGUAGAUAAAUUAGCAAAUAAACCUGGUCUUUCUUAUGCCGAAAUUGCGAAAACGGCUUAUAAUGUAGGACAACCUAAGUUAGCGACAAGGCUACUUGAUUAUGAGCCUCGUGCGGCUGAUCAAGUGCCAUUAUUGAUGAGCAUGCAAGAAGACGAAUUAGCAUUAAUAAAAGCAAUUGAAAGUGGUGAAUUCUUCCGAAUCAUUAAUAAUAAAUUAAUGGCUUGCAAUUUACUCGAGGUAUAUUGUAAGGAACAAGAUUUAAAAUUAUUGACUGAUUUCUAUUACCAAGAUGAUAAAAGGGUUGAAAUGGCAAAUAUUACAAUUUUAGAAAGUUAUGAACAAAAGGAUUUGGAAUCUAGAAUUAAUAAUUUAAAAGUAGCUUUGAAAUGGUAUCAAGAUGAUAAGGAACAUGCGUUUGAAGCAAAGGCCAUAGACGAAAAUAUUAAAUUAUUACAAACACAAAGUCAACUAGAGAAAGAUUUAAAUUUACCAUUAAUUGGAUUAUCAUUAAGUGAAACAAUUCAUAAAUGUAUUACUUCAAAUAAUUCCGGGAAAGCAAAUAAACUUAAAUCCGAUUUCAAAAUUCCUGAUAAACGAUUUUGGUGGAUCAAAUUGAAAGCCUUGGUUGAAAUGAGAGAUUGGGAUGAAUUAGAUAAACUUGCAAAAUCUAAGAAAUCUCCCAUUGGAUAUGAACCUUUUGUUGAAGAAUGUAUUAAAGCAGUGCAACAUCGGGAAGCAACUAAAUAUAUUCAAAAGUGUAAUCCUACAGUUCGACCUGGGUUAUUUAUAAAAAUUGGCGAUUUUAAAUCAGCAGGUCAAGAAGCCCUUGCAUUAAAGGAUGUUCAGUUAUUAAGUGAAAUAAGGAGCAAAUGCAACAAUCACAUUAUUGCACAAGAAUUGGAUUCAUAUAUUGCUAAAGCAUCUUCAAGAUAA